CUCCACUUCCAGUGUAACCACCUUAUUUUUCCUUUCACCCUUCUUUCCACCUCAACAUCCUCUCUCCACCCACGAUGCCACCCAUCACCGCCCCCGUAACAGCCCAAGAGCUCCAAACGCUCUCCACAAAGGCCAUAGGCGCUAAAGCCGCCGCAUACUGCCCGUACUCAAAGUUCCGUGUCGGGGCAUGCAUCCUCACUGCAUCGGGCGAGUUCGUUGUCGGCGCGAACGUGGAGAACGUUGCUUACCCCGUUGGAACAUGCGCUGAGCGUGUUGCGUUCGCCACUGCUAUUGUGGCCGGCCACAAGGACUUCCGGGCUAUUGCCGUUGCGACGGAUAUCACGCCCGGUGCGUCGCCGUGCGGGAUGUGUCGACAGUAUAUCCGCGAGUUCACCACGCCUUCGUUCCCGGUGUAUAUGUAUGACGGAGAGGGGAAGUAUACCGUCAAGACGAUGGGCGAGUUACUGCCGGAUUCCUUUGGGCCAGAUGACCUGCCGAGAUAAGUCAGACGUGAGUAGCAAGCUUACUGCGUGAAACCGGAUAGCAAAGUAGGAAACUAGUAUGGAGAAUAAUAGGACGCAACCUCCGUUCGAAACCAAAUUCCCAUU